AUAGACCCUCCCCGUGGGAUAUUGACUUUGAAGGGGGAGUUGCCAGCGGUACAGACACGAAGGAGUCCACGAAGUACUAGAUGUCAUGUCACCAGCGGUAAUGUGAGAUACCCGCUUUCUUUCUGCCUGCCAUCGUUUUUCAAAGUUUGUUGAUGCCUGAAGAAGGCUGUUCCGGGCCUCGCACACAGUUCGCCUAAUGAAGGGGGCCAACGCCGAUGCCGACUCGGACACCGGGCUGUUCGCCGACUCUGAGGAAGAGGACGACUUCGCCCCUUCCUCCUCCCCCUCCGCCACGUCACUGAAACCGUUCACGCCCUCGGCUGCGGCAGCAGACGCCAGCAGCAGCGGCGACGGCGGCGGCGAUGCUGGCGGUGGCGGCGGCAUCACGGAGCGGGAGUUCUCGUGCCACUGCUGCUACGACGUGCUGGUGGACCCCACCACGCUGAACUGCGGCCACAGCUUCUGCCGGCACUGCCUGUCACAGUGGUGGGAGUCCUCGCGCAAGACGGAGUGCCCCGAGUGCCGGGAGAGGUGGGAGGGUUUCCCCCGCGUCAACAUCCUGCUCAGGGAUGCGGUGGAGAAGCUGUUCCCCGACGCUGUGUCUCAGCGGCGCGAGCAGAUCCACGGCAACCCCCGCGUCUCGCACUCGGUGCUGGCCUUCCAGCGCCAUGGCGACGAGCAGGCCAAUCGGGGCACGGCAGUGGCCGGGGGGCAGAGGCGAGCGGCGGGAGGGUUCUUCUCGGGGGUACUGACGGCACUCACCGCCGUGGCUGUGAUGUUGCUGGUGUACCACUGGAGCAGUAGGGAGGGUGUGCAGGAGCUGCUGGUCAGUAAGCCCGUGUCCAGCUGGAGCCCAGAGGACGUAGCCCUGUGGCUGGAACACCUGGGGCCCUGGGCCUCCCUCUACCAGGAGAGCUUCAACUCGGAGCAGGUCAACGGCAGGCUGCUGACUCUGCUGGAGGAAGAUGAGCUGUCUCGGCCGCCCUACAGCGUGCUCAACCAGGCUCAUCGCCGUGCCAUCCUAGAGGAACUGCAGAGGGUCCGCGCCCUGGGCGUCAAGCCACCGCAGAACCUCUGGGAGUACAAGGCGGUUAGCGGCGGUAAGUCUCUGUUCCUGCUGUAUGCUCUGAAGGGCUCCCCGCGCCUCACCCUGCUCUACCUCUACCUGUUUGAGUACGAGGACGCCUUCCGGCCCUUCAUCCACACCUGCUGCCCCGCGCAGCGCGUCCACAGGCCCCCGGACGGACGGCCCGCCAAAACACCGGAGGAGGACCCUAACUGGAAGCAGUGGUCAGAGUUCCUGGUGAAGUUCGCGCUGCUGCCGUACCAGCUGAUCGCCGAGUUUGCCUGGGACUGGCUGGGCGUGCACUAUUGGACGUCUCGCUUCGUCAUCGUCAACGCCAUGCUGCUGUCCGUGCUCGAGGGCUGCGCCUUCUGGAGGCUCUGGAGCCGCGCACAGAUCAGGACGCUCCCUAAGAAGAUGUGGAGCCACUUCUGGAAGAUGCUGUCCCAGGGCCUGGCGUUCAUCCUGCUGUGGCCCAUGAUCCCCCAGUUUGUGUGCAACUGCCUGUUCUACUGGGCGCUCUACUUCAACCCCAUCAUCAACAUCGACCUGGUGGUGCAGCAGCUCCGCCACCCCGACACACAAGUGCCCUGAGGGAGAGAUGGAGACGGAGAUGAAGAGACACUCACACACACACACACACACACACACACACACACACACACACACGAACACACACACACACACACACACACGAACACACACACA